AUGGGGAAUGGCGCGUCGACGCGGCCACCGGCGGCGGGCGGCCAGCCUCCGACCGAGGGCUCGCCGAAUCCCCGCCGGUCGUUCAACUUUCAGCGCAUGCAAGAGCUGUACCAACGGCUCUUUUCGACGCCGGCCAACCCGAACGUGAUUCCUGUGUUGGGCUCCGACUGGUAUACGACAGUGGUCUUGGCUGCCUCGCCAAGCCAGCGCUCGAGCAGCUGCGACUUGGUGCUGACCAACCUCCGCAACAAGACGGACGCCGCGCUCUCGUGCGUGCAGACGUAUUUGGAUGUAGCGCAAAGCGAGUACCCCAAGAUCUUUUACGGUGACGCCGCGAUCGACUUUGUGCUGAGCUGCUCGAUGCUGCAGCCGCUCGACGUUGCCAGUAGCGUCGAGUGGCCGACGUUCAAGACGAUUUUGCCCGGCGUCUUGCUCUCUCGCCACUCGGUUCUCGACAUUCAGCUCGGCUACGCACAGGUCGUCGUCGCGGACGGCAUGGAGCCGGGGACGCCGCUCCUCCUGCACGUGCUCUACCGGCGCUACAUCCGCGACAACCGCGUCAUUCUUGUCCUCCAAAGCAUCACGAACGACGAAUUGUAUGCGAUUGACCAGCGCCGUCUCCUCUGUCUCUCAGGAUGGCUCGUGUUUGAUCGGGUCUCGGAGACGGUAACCCAAGCCCGCGCCAUCUUGCGCUGCGAAGCCAAGCUCGACGCCGUCCCUGCAGCGAUUCAAGUCAAAGACGAGCGCCUCACAGUGCACACGCAGUGGAUACUGCAAAUUCUGUCUGGCAUCUACGCCCCCGUGGCCAGUAAACUACCCAACGGGCCGUCCAAACCAAGCUCAGCGACAUCCUAAAUGCGAACUGCGCCGAGUUUUAAAUAUUUCUAAUCCAGUCGGCGUCGUGACGUGGUA